UGAGGUACGAGACUUCGUCCUAUAGCGACUCGGAAUGUUCCACACGCCCCGCCGUGCCCCUCGUCGACGACGCAUGCGUGCGUUUGACAGCCCACCCGAGUUAGCACGUCCUAAUUUUCUUCAAUAAUAUAUCAACAUCACAAAUCCGACGCGAUAUUAACAAAAAAAACUCUCUUGGGCGUGCAUUGCGCGAAGUAAUCGUCAGUAGCGAGAACGCGCGAAGCGCAGAAAUGCGCGCCGCCGUUCUCGGCUGAGCCAGAAUGGUGGCCAAUAUUGGCGUCAUCAAUCCUGCUAAUGUGGAGGCUACAGCGUACAUAAGUGCAGUAGCGGCAUUCGCUGGUGUGGUUUUGGUGGUGCUACUAUUCCUUGGAAGGCGAUGGUGCUACUCCGCGGUGUUUGGCCGCAAAUGUUGCGAUGACAUCCUCGCGGUAAACCCGCGCGUUGCUGCUCCCUGUCUCCCACUCGACAAUGCUCAGUUUGAUGCUUUGUCGAAACCGAUCCAUUACCCUGAACGCAUAUUCACAUUCGAGGCCUCCGACUCGGACGAGGAGCUGCGCUUGCGCAUACAACAGGAUAAGGAAGAAGUUGUGGAAUGCCACUACGAGGAGAAGAACGAGAACUUAGCUCCGGCAAAGCUGGAGGUGGAAUUGGUGGAGACGGCUCUCCGUGAGACCACACUGAGGGAGACCAGGAUAGACGACGUCAUCCCGCAACGUGCAGAAUACAUACACACACUGGAGGCGCAGAGUAGCGUCGAUAGUGAUGUCAUAGUUCAUAAUGACACAUCCCUUUUGUGUGGUGAAAGCAGCAGUUCUCAAGAACGCGGUUCUGUCGAACUGACGCUUCUGUACGACGCACCAGUGCGUAGUAUGACGGUCCACAUACUGCAGGCGCGUUCGCUACCUCAAAAAGCUCAAGGACAGAUUCUGCAAAGUCAGGUUAGAAUUGUACUACUCCCAUUGAAGAAACAAAAAUUUAAAUCCAAAAUACGAAAUGGCGAAAAUCCACAAUAUAUGGAGAGCUUUGUUUUACACAAAAUUAAUCCAGAGGAUGUGCAUGGUCUGGGGCUGCGUAUACGCAUUUACGGUUGCGAGCGCAUGCGCAGACAGAGACUGCUCGGUGAAGCGGCAGUUAGCUUCGCAACACUUAAUUUCGAGCUAGAAAACAGUUUGUGGCUGCAACUAAUGCCAAGACAACAUCAUCAACCACCUAUGCAGUUACCAAAACUGGAUUCAAAUCACACAAUAACCGGUGUCCUGGCAAGUCCGUCGUCCAUCGUGACCGUGACAACACCAAGCGGCGCUGGACCGGGCGCCGGCGAAGCAUGCAGCCUUGCGAGAUCUGACUCCGCCUCCUCCUGCUGCAGCACCAGAUCCACGCCAGAACUGCUGCUGGGCCUACAAUAUAACUCCACUACUGGACAUCUCUCUGUCGAGGUGAUAAAAGGCACACACUUUCGAAAGUUGUCGCCCAACAAGGCGCCGGACACGUACGUAAAACUGUGCCUUAUCAGUUCACUCGGCAUGGAGAUGGGACGGUGCAAGUCUACUACGCGUCGCGCUCAGUCCAAUCCGCUUUACAAAGAAGUUUUUAUAUUUCAGGUUGCUUUAUUCCAAUUGAGUGAAGUUACUCUCAUGGUUUCGGUUUGGUGGCGACGUAGCGUUAAACGCAACGAAAUGGUGGGCUGGUUCUCAUUGGGACACAGCCCCUCUGGCCGCGAAGAAGAGCGGCACUGGCAGGAAUUAUGCGAGAGACAAGGAGAACAGGUCCAGCGUUGGCAUGUACUUCUGGACUCCUGACGGUCAGUGACUUAGCGCGUGGACGAAGCGCUUGCUUGAAUUUCUACCUGGCACCCUGGCCGCACCACUUGGUGCUUUUACGUGGUGAUUAAGUCGCGCGUUGCCGGUCUUUGCCAGCGUUCACCGCUCAAGCGGAGACGCCGAUUCAAAGUAAAAAAAAAACUCGACUGCGUCUGCUUACGCGUGUAUCGAUAUUUUUGGCGAGCGGUAAGUACCCGUCUAAUAAAUACUCGAAAGCCAAAGAUGGCAUCUUUGAUAUUUCCUUCUAAAAGCUACAUUACAGUAAAAUAGCUACUGACCAAAAAAGCAAUUUGAGGAUGUGGAGACAAUUUGAGAGGUUUUUAUAUAUACAAUUGUUAUUUCACUCGGUGCGCAUUGCUUUGAUUGUUUGAGCACUGGCAUUUGCUUUAUAUACUCCACUUGAAUAUAUAACCGCAUAUUUAUAUUGAAACACGUUUGGAUGCGGUCUGCGUCAUAAUUAUUAAUAGAUUCUGUUGUCUUAAUAUUUUCCUGGCAUUGUGAUUAGGAUUAAAAAAUUCAUGAAUCAAUGACAGAGGUACGCACAUUCUGACUGAUUGAAAGUUUUGAUAUUAAUAACGUAUGUAAAACUAUAUAUGUGUAAAGAUAAUUCGAUAAAAUUGCUUUUUUUACUAAAUUUGUAUUUGACUAGUAAUACCUACAUUCAAUUAAUAAAAUUGCGUAUAAUAUAAGUUUAACUGUAAAUGUAUAAUUGUGUAAAUAGAGUAUAUUUUUUAUUUUCAAAUGUAUAUAUAUAUACUAUAUAUGUAUUAGUAGAUGCUUGGAUUUGGAUUAUGUUUUAAUUUCGUCUAAUUAAAGUUUGGAUGUACUCAUUUUGUAGUAAGUAAUUUUAAUGAUGAAGAAGACUCGGAGCGCACAAUAAAAUGUGAGAUUAAAUAAAAUUAUGACUAGAUUGAUAUUUAUUGAAUACUGAUAUUAAAUAUACCUAUCUGAUAUAUACAAAUUUACUACGUGCAUAAUUAUAUUUAUCAUUAUUUGAAUAUCUAUAUAAUGUAAUUGAAAGGCUUGCUUUAAUACGGAAUCAUACAAAUUUUAGAAAUAUAAAAUAGAUAUCUGUUUAUAUAAUAUAUAUGUACUUUAUUAUAUAAUAUGUCGCAUAAAUAGUUCUAAGCAAGUAGCUGAGGUGCCCUCUACUGUUAAAAGUUUGUAGGCCGCCUCUUGUAUAAUGUACACGAAGGUCUCGACGUGAUUUAUAAUAAAUAAGUUUUCCAUGCUCCAUUUUGCGAGACUCUUAAUAGUUAUAUACUUAACAACUUCUAUUUACCCAUUAUACCCAUAUUAUAUUUAUUAGAUACAACAACAAUGUAUACAGUUACAGUUUACAGUACAGUUACAGUUUACAUUACAGUACCUUUACUCACAAACAAAAUGUAUAACAGUUAUUUUUAAUUGGACUUAAUUUUUUGCAAAUACUUAUUAGCUAGUAAGAAUAUUAAUAUACUAUCUUUAUUGAUAUUAUUGACAUUCUUCAAUUAUUAAUUGUAAAAUUUAUUAAUGUGUUUUAAAUAUUACCAUUUUAUGAGAAUAGAUGUAUUAUUGUUAAUAGUUUAAUAAGGAUGAAUUAAUUAUAUUCGUGUGUUGUAAUAACUUGAUAUUUUUAUAGUACUUAAAUGAUUUUUUAUUUCAUUUUAAUUGUAUAUCCGUGAAAUGUGUAUAUUAUAUAUAAUAUUUUAUUGAUUUAUGUUAUAUUUUUGUUGUACGGUCAGUUGUAAUAAUCCGGUAUCGCGAUUUCUAAUUUAAUCUAUAUAUUUAAAUUAUAUAAGUAUACAAACAAUUAUUAAAUUGUACUAAUUUUAAUGCUGACUGUAUUUACGUGUUUUUAUAAUAUGGGCGUUUUCAAUGUUGUGUACAAUUUGUUAUUAUAACGAAAUACCUUUGUGAAUAUAUUUACUAAAAGAUCUAAAAUCUUAAUGUAGGUUAAUAUUACACAAUAUUAAAAUAACAAAAUUUAUCUCAAGGUACUUUGCUACAUGCAUAUACCAGUAAGUAGGCUCGGACGCACUGGACUCUCAUAAUCUUGCCCCUUAAUCUUCUAUUGCUUCAUUCACCCCCCAUCAGUGUACUGAUUGGUCCAGUGAAUCCAGGACCCUGCAGAAGACCAUUCGAAUUAUUAACAUUAAUAAGAAAUUUGUUUUCCCACUGACUUAUUUCUAUCUUAAAGCAGCAACACUCUCUUUUGAUUUUCCGUUAAUUUUAUCCACUUUAUAUAUUAUUUUUAUAGUCUGUAUCCUUUGAUAUAUUAUAUAAUAUUAUUUAUUACGCGUCUAAACGCUAUCAACAUGAGGCCAAAUUAGUACCUGUAUGAAUAAACGAUUGUAGCGUAAGAAAAGACUAUUGUAGUAUUUGUAGCGCAGUCACUACGAUAGCGUUUUCUUUAUAUACUUUAGCAAACUAUUAUCGAUCAAACCAUAGUUCAAAUAUACUUUAUAAUAAAGAAAAAAAGACUCAGCGUUGAUAAAAUUUUCAAGUAAAGCAUUUAUAUAUUAAGUCCAUGAGGUAGUUUGCUUGUAAAACGCGACAGCUUUCACAUAGUUUAGAUAGAAGCCGAGUACUACCAAUCAGUACCGGCUCUAGUGGAAGCGACCAGAAAUGAGAGAUUUCAAAUUCGACGUUGAUAACUUUAGUAUGAAUUCCUUUUUUUUUUUCUUCAUCGGAAGAAGGGAGAGAGGUCGUCCUCAUAAAUUGGCGUUUUAGUUAAGAGUCGCAUGACCUUUUUUUGCCUUUAGGGAGAGGCAUUAUCAAAAAUUUGGCCAAGAGCGCCAAGUAAGCUAAGGCCAACGCUGUUAUUCAAUUCGUGAUUUGACUGUAGAGUAUGUAAAUACUUGAACUAUGUUCUAGUGUUAACGUUUCAAGUGACUAAAUACGACAAACGAGAUAGUUAUAGUACUUAGUGUGGUAUCACUUCUGUGUCACAUGUCUAUCAGGCGACACGGAUAUCUUUUUUUAUUACUAAUCCAUGACUAAGAUAAUAUAAUCAAACUAAAGUUACAUUCCAUCAGCUUGUUUUGUUUUAAUUAUUCUUUGUUCAAACAAUUACCUAUCUUUAGGGCUCGGAUAUAUACCUUUGUCCCAACUUUUAUUUUAUAUAUAUAUAUAUAUAUAUAUAU